CCCCUUGGAAAACAGAUAAGCACUGUUAAAGUCAAUGUUAUGUUUGAAUUGUGACUGUUAAAGUCGAGUUUGUGAGUCCAACGAACCCUCCCUUGAACAUUCCUGGCUACGGGCCUGAUGUAUAUAAUUGGAUAGAUACGUUGCUAUAAUUCACCCCACUUUGAAUUGUAAAAAUGAGGACCGAUGUGAACAAAUUGUGAUUUAAGGUAUAAUUGUCUUCGAAAAACAUAUUGUGAUAAGUUCACCAUACUGAUCAUUCUGAUAUAGAAAAAAAUGAUAGAUUUUAUAUAAAAAUCAGGAUAAACUUGUUACUCAGUGUGCUGAUACAGAAAAGGGAGAAGUUGAGUUUAAAGCAAUGAAUCAGUAUUUCGUAUAUCUCGUUAGACGGUUGAUACUGUCGAUCAAAUAUCUGCUGAAUUUUGGAGACAGACUGAAUUCAAUAAAUAAGACUAUUUUACACAUUGCAAGGUGGUCGGUAUGGUAUAUCAAAUAUCGAUUUAAUUUUGGAGACAAUUUGCAUACCGUACGAUUAUCCCUCCAACCCCUCAAUGCCAAUCCAGAAGCUGCAAACUACAAUAUUACAGCUCUAGGAAACGGGAUAGUGGCUCAUAUGAAUCAGAUUCAAAUAAAUCAGGAAAAUGGUAAUGAUAAUGGUAUACGUAUUGUUGAAAUUGAGGUUGAUGUUGUACUCCCACUGGAUAUUACAACUAUGACUAUAAAUAGAAAUGGCAAUGGAGACCUUGGAUGGUUCUUUCGGUGGAUAGAAAUUGAUGGUGGACAUCGGUUUUCAUUUCAUAAAACGAUCACGGUUGAUGGUUUUUCCAGUAGAAAAGAUACGCUUCUACCUCAAGAUGAAAGCAGUCAAUACAAUUUGGAUCUGCGAAAUUUUCAUCUUGCUGAGCAAAAACUCAAAUAUGGAUAUGAAUUGUACAAUGGUGGUGACAUAGAACUACCUGUUAAGAUAAGGAAUUUGCCAAUGGACGAAAACUUCUCAUUAUACUAUUUUGUGAAAAAUAGUGUACUGCCGGAAGCUAGAUUGUUAAUAUCCAAAGAAAUCGUAAUCUUGAAGAAUUGGCUUCCAAAAAGAUGGAGAGCGUUUGUCGAAAUAAACCAAGCUUACCAAAUGUAUUUCAAAACACCAAGAGGUAACAUCAAUUGGGAAGACAAUCGGAACUUUGCUCAGCAAAGACUUAAUCAGUGCAACUCAUCGUUAAUAAAGCGGGUUAAUGAACCAAAUGAGAUUGCAGGCAUCAUGAAUCUUCUGCCUCGGCAUGGCCUGGAUGCAAUUGAUGACGUCGAUAACGUGAUACGCGAAGGGAGAUUAUACAUCACUGAAAUCAACAUACCGAGAGAUUUAGCGAUUCCUAGUCCAGUAGUGUUAUUCGAAAAGACAGACAAUGAUUUUCUUCCUGUUGCUAUUCUUCUGAAUGUUGCUAAUGGAGAACAAGUUGUAACUCAACCAGACGACGAUCAAAAUGCUUGGAGAUUAGCAAAGAUGUGGGCCAAUUUAGCGGAUGCAUCGAUGCAACUGAGCGUUGUCCAUUUAGGGCUAACUCAUCUAUUAAUGGAAGGCGUUGUUAUUUGUGUUCAACGCAAUCUCUCGUCAAGACACCCGAUAUAUAAAUUGCUUGUUCCACAUUUUUAUUACAACCUUGCAAUCAACGAAAUGGCACGCGAUCUUCUGUUUGUUCCUGGAGGAUACCUUAACACAACAAUAAACAUUCAUUCAGCUGGUGUUUUACAAUUGAUUAAACAAAGGUUGGGCGAUUGGAAUAUGAAUAUCGAUGGCACGUUUCCAGUAGACCUACAAGAAAGAGGACUUAUAAAUCAAGAUGCUAAUGGACGUAACCAGGUUAACAUACCAGGGUUUUUCUAUGCCGAAGAUGGUUUGCGACUAUACAAUGCAAUACACAGUUAUGUAGAACAAUAUGUUCAUCACUACUAUUCAGGAGUAAAUGACGACGAUAUCAUGGAUAGGUUGUUAGGCGACACUGAGAUACAGGCCUUUUACACAGAAUUAGUGCUACCACGUGCACAAGAAAAUGGAGGAAUUGGAAUGAAGGGAGUUCCAGGAAACAACGGCAGAUUCGAGACUACUGGCCAGCUUAUUGAUACCCUAACAUCAACAAUAUUCAUAUGCUCGGUUAUGCAUGCUGCUACGAAUUUUCCACAGUAUGAUCAAUAUGGAUUUCCCCCAAAUUAUUCAACGUUACUUCAUGGAGGUCCACCUCAAAAUGCGACCGUAGUAACAAACAAAGAUGUAUUAGAUUGUCUCCCAUCAGUCAGAGAAACAUUCGACAUCAUGACAAAUUUUACUCUUCUCAGUCAAGAAACAACACAACCACUCGGACAUUCUGAGGUUCAAUUAAUAGAAGACCCAAAUGCUGUCACAAUCCUUAAAACGUUCAGAGCGGAUUUGACCACAAUUGAACGGGAGAUUAAUGCGCGGAACCAAGCAAUCAUAGCAGGAAACCAGAAUUUCGUUCCUUAUACUAGACUUUUACCAAGCAAUAUUCCGAAUUCAAUAGCAAUAUGAAAAACAAAAAUGUUGUAAAUGCACAUCAACAUAUAACCAAAAUAAUUGUUAGUUGAUAUAUUAAUCAAAACAUUUGUUUGUAGUAACUAAUCGUUAUCAUUUCCAAAAGGAUGGAUCGGAACUUUUACGUGUAUGUUUUUGAACACUACAGUUAUUUACAUCGUCUUAUUUAGGUAUCCGGUGGAAAUACGUGUGUUGACUAUCUGUCAACCUCUCCUUAUUAUUGUAUUAAUAAACAUGGGUUAUUUUUUCGUAAAUCUUCUUAGAAUAAGGACACUAAAUGUCUAUUAUAAAACAUUAAUUGUAUAAUGUAUAGAUCUCUUUAUUAAAAAGACAACAUACAUGCCAAAAAUCAAAACAGUUUAUAGAUUUAAAUGGCUUUCUUCAGAAACAUCUUUUUGAAUAUUUUGUAAAUUAGAAAUAACAUAUUUAUCAUGAUUACAUAUCUAUACGACAGAAUACCUUAAAAACGUCUAAAAAUGGUAACAUGUGUGUCUUCUAUGUUUAAUCAAAAGGAUAUCGAUACUGUGAAUAUUCUUCUUUGUAGUAAUUAGAUAUUGAAAGAUACUUACGUGUGUGUGUUUUUAUAAUAAAAAAGAUGA